AUCCGAAUGAAGAUGCUGGAUUCCAAUUUGCAAAAUCACAAAAUGGUCCCAGCGGUGUAUUUGAUGGCGGUCAAUACGGUAGAUCAAAUUUGGCUCAUGCCCCAACGGAUAGUACGGAAGAUAAAGAUAGUGCGAUAACUGCUUCAGAUGCCAACACCGAUGCGAGUUUACAUGGAUCGGACCGAUCAGAAGGUGAAUCAACCGAAGAGGAAUUAAUUAUUCCUCCACCUCCACGUAAAAUACCUGAACCAGAGGAACCAGAUAAUCUAAAAAUCAUUUCUGCUCCACAAACUUUUCAGCUUUCUCAAAGUAAUCGUAAGUUACCUGUCACUUCUACAUCUCAGACAUCAAAAGUCCCCCCGGCCGCUCGUACAAAACGAGUUACGUCACCGAAACAACGACUUCAACCUAAUCAGAAACCUCAAAAUAAAACGCCAAAGCCCAAAAAAUCAUCACGCAUUGACGUUACAGAAAUUGACACACAGGAAUUGAGCCAUUCAUCUGAGUCUUCAGUGGCAACUUCUGUAGGCCCUAAACCAAGAUAUGGUACAAGUCAAUCGAGUGAAUUAACUGGAUCUGAAGAGAGUGAUUCUGAUGGCACUAUAGAAGAGAAAUAUAGCGAAGAACUAAUUAAUUAUAUGGUAGAAGUAUAUCAACGUCAAAAACGUGUUGUGGAUGAUUACGAGAGAAGAU